UUGGCUUUUCGAGACAACAUCUGUAGAAGUUUGACCAUUUCUGCUUCCUGGUAAACACAAAUUCCCCUUUUUUUAAACUCAUUUUUUCAAUAGGAUCUCCCCUGCAGCUGUUUUUCAGUUUGUAGUGAGUUUAGCAUGACUUGUAAGCUCUUGUUCUUGCAUGUUUGCUCUUUUGUAUCCACCCCUUUAUAUUUAGUUGCAUCUCCUCGAAUGCUCUUCGUGGUUCCCUGUGUUUGUUAGGCCAUUUUGGAAGGAGUUCUCCGUUUACACUUUCACUUCUGCUCCCUGCAAGCCUCCCGGUUAGCGCGCCUGUCUGCUCCGGACAAAGUGGGCGGGGGCUUUGCGACACGUCAUAUCAGCCGCCGCGCUCUGAUUGGCCGCCGAUUCUCACCCGACACAGCUGUGAUUGUUUUCUGCGGAGAAAGCCCUCGUCCCCCGGUUAUGAGCCUGCAUGCUGUGGAAUGGAGCGCAGUCCUCGCCGUCUCUUCCGAUGACGAUGUGAGCAAACGGCGUGAUCACGGCCCCCGUCGCAACGAGCAGGAAAAACAAAGCGGGGAUCUUCGCCUGGAUCACUUGGCCCAGGCGGCACCAGAACCAGACCCGAAGACAUCUGGAGAUCAAGCCUCCAGGUGCCAAAUGCCCAGACUAGAGGAGCACUGCUGGAGCUGCUCCUGUGCGCCGAGGGUGGAAACCAAGCACUCGUCCGGAGCUAACUGGUUAGCAUUGAAAGCCGAGGAGAUGAUGUGCAUCAUCACCUCGGUGCUCCGCAACGCCUACGGCUCCCUGCACGACGUCCGGACGGCCAACCUGAUCCGCCGGGGUCUCGUCCUCUUCACCGUGGGCGCCUUCCUCGCCCUGGUGCUCAACUUGCUGCAGAUCCAGAGGCACGUCACCCUGUUUCCGGAGGAGGUGAUGGCAACUUUGUUUUCGUCUGCCUGGUGGAUCCCGCCGUGCUGCGGCACCGGGGCCGCUGUGGUCGGCCUGCUGUAUCCCUGCCUCGACAGCCAUCUGGGAGAACCGCACAAGUUCAAGCGGGAGUGGGCCAGCGUCAUGAGGUGCAUAGCGGUGUUCGUCGGCAUCAACCACGCCAGUGUUAAACUAGACUUUGACAACAACGUGCAGCUCUCCCUCACGCUGGCGGCCUUGUCCCUGGGCCUGUGGUGGACAUUCGACCGGUCCAGGAGCGGCUUCGGUUUGGGAAUCACCACCGCCGUCCUGGCCACCGUUUUCACGCAGCUGCUCGUCUAUAAUGGCGUUUACCAGUACACGUCUCCAGACUUCUUGUACGUACGCUCCUGGCUCCCGUGCAUAUUCUUCUCUGGCGGUGUCACCGUGGGAAACAUCGGACGGCAACUCGCCAUGGUAACGCCUAUGGCUGGCGGCGAGAAACCCCACAUGGACUGAACGGUGAAAACGCAGACGAACCAGGCGAAGGACGGACAACACAAAGAUGGACAAGUUACGCGAAGAACGACAACGACAACAGGAGGAAGAGACUUUGUUUCCCCCCCCCUCACCCUUCAUCCUUUGUUCUCUUAACAAAGUGGGGGUCAGAAAAGAAGCCCCUCGUCUAACGUGCCAUGUCCUCCGCACCUCCUCGUGGCCAAACAGGCUCACCCUCCCGCCUCUGUUCUACACCAUUAGCAUUCAAGCUUCCCUCACACUUCACAAGAGGACAGUGUUUGCCUUUUUUCCUUUUUGUUUGCUGUUGUUUUGAAGUGAACCGGUUUUAGUUUAAUGCUGGAAGUGCGUAUCUCUCCAGUUUGUGGAGCGGAAGCGCGCGCCGUUUAGCUUUGGCGUGGACGGGCUUUGGUCUCAGCAGAUAAGACCGGUUUGUUUGUAGCCUGAAUACAUUACGAUCCUAAAAGGGAAAUGUCUCCAUUCUCGCAUUAAAGCGGCACUUUUGAGACGUGCGUCCCCCCCCCCAGUCAAACCAAAUUAAGUAUUUAUUAUGUAGUUUUGAAUGACCCCAUGCUGGACAAUAGUUCAUAUUGGGGAAAUGACUCGCCGAGAGUCCUAUCUUGCAGGAGGGACGUAAUCAGACGUCCUCAUCCAAGUUGAGGCUGAAGCCCAUGCGAGACGAUGGUUAAUGGAAUAUAGGGACAGGGAAUGUGUUCAACAGUGCCAAUUAGUUAGUUUGUGCCGGCCGCGUUCACGACUCUCUGCCAGCACAAGAUCACGUGUUAUAGCCUGGGGGGGGGGGGGGCGCUACUCGGAGAACUUCGGUACAUCGUUUUGUCUGUUUCAGACUCACAGACGGAGGAUUGUUGAAGUAAGUCCACAUUUAGUUUUCCCGCUGUGUGCAGAGCGAAGAAGGCCUCCGCGGUGCAGAAUGUGCCCACAGUAUACUAGAACUACUUUUGCCAGCAUCAGUGGUCCCUGUUGAAGCAGUUUAAAACCCCCGUUGUGACCAGCUGUUAAAUGUCUUUGUGAUCGUGUACGUUGUCGCCCGCUCGAGACUAAAAGUAUCGGGAACAUGCACCGGUGGAACGAGAGGGCCAGGACAUUAUUUCUUAAGAUUUGCAAUCUGUGAUUGCCUGUGUAUUUAGAAUGUAGUGCUUUUGUCACUAUACAGUUGUUGUUUGUUUUAUUAUUUGUACAAACAUGACAUCAUGGUUAAUGUUGAAUGGCUUUGUGAUCAGAAAGGUAUUAUUUACCAUAAUAGACCUACAGUAUGUUACUUAGCGUUUGGGGGGUCUAGAGGAUUCAGUGCAAUCAGAGUAUACAUUACACAAUUAGUAGUAGUUAUUUAUUUUUUUCUGACGAUUGCAAAAAAAAAAAAAAGAACUCUGCUUGUUAAGUAUAUGCAGUGAAGUGAUUUAAAAUAAAAAGCAAUAACAUCUUUCUUUUUUGGAACAAGGGUUGUGUCAGAGGUUACAUACCGAUGACUCCCCAGAGAGACAAAAUAAAACCGAUAUCGUGUCAAACUGUUGCAAACAA